AAGCAGUGUGACAUCUAAUAUGAGCAAGUUUCAUCCUGGAUACCAGGCUCCUGUGUGCUGUAUAAAGGCUGAGUAGGACAGCCAGCCUCAGCUACACCUGCUGCAGACACCAGAGAGUAGCUGGAAAACCUGAUCUCAUCUCCUGCAGGAUGAUGGCUGUACAGGUCAGCAGAGCGAUACUCCCCCUGAUGUUGACUUUGUUUCUGGGAGCCUCAUCUUCUGUUUGGCCCCUGGCUCCUGCAGCGGCCUUCCAGCUGCCGCCCUGUCAGCUCAUCAACCAGACAGUGUCUCUGGAGAAGGAGGGCUGUCCCAAGUGUCACCCAGUGGAAACAACCAUCUGCAGUGGUCACUGCAUUACCAAGGACCCUGUCAUCAAGAUACCAUUCAGUAAUGUGUACCAGCAUGUGUGUACGUACCGGGACUUUUACUACAAGACAUUUGAACUUCCUGACUGUCCUCCUGGUGUGGACCCAACCGUCACCUACCCUGUGGCUUUGAGCUGCCACUGUGGCAGGUGUGCAAUGGACACAUCUGACUGCACCUUUGAGAGCCUGCAACCCGACUUGUGCAUGAAUGACAUACCUUUCUACUACUAGUCUCAAGAAAUAGCAGGAUAAACCACAUUAAAACACAUAAUACAAAGAGGAACUGUCCUAACUUUUAGCAUCAACUGUAGUUAAUAAAGACUGUUACAUUUAUCAGUGCAAAUAA